UGAGAAUCGUUCAUCGUCAAUCACCAAGAAUGGAUGGAUCAAUGACAACAAACGAAUCCCCCAAUCGUAUUUUGAUAGCAGCACAAAUCGUUCUAGAACACCUGCGAGGUACCGUACAGAACCGUACAGACAACUUACGUCUCGUUCCGUCCCGAUCCUAGCAACCGAAGACAAUGAAUUCGUUGCUGUGCAAAACCAUCCGGUCUCCGCGGUUCCCUCCAAGAAUCCGCGUCCCGGCGUCAACGACGGCCCUUCGGCACUCCUCCGGCGGACCGGGCGACGGGCCCAAAAAGUUUGGGGACGAGGAAGUCGCGGCAUCGGUGCGGUUGAUCACGUACCAGGGAACGCCCUUUCCGUGGAUCGCGGUAAGUUGGUGGCGGCGCAAACCGCGAAACAGAACAGAACAGAACAGAACAGAACCGAUCCGAGCGGCCCGCCGGGACGUGUCCAUUCGGUAGAGUUCUUUGCACCAUCAACCAUCUCGUUCGUCCCGUGAGACGCUUGGAACUAACCCUUGCUCCGGAUUUCUACCUGUGCUGGUGGAUUCGCUCCCUUUUUGGAUGAAUAACAGGCGAAAGACAACAAGUCGAUUGCAAAAACCUUUAUGUUUACCGACUUUAACCAGGCGUGGUCCUUCAUGAGUCGAUCGGCCCUGCUGGCAGAGAAGCUAGACCACCACCCCGAGUGGAUGAAUGUAUACAAUCGAGUCGAAGUAACGCUGACGACGCACGACUGCGACGGGGUUUCCCAAAAGGUGGGUUUACUGRUCGGCUCGUUCUCUGUGUGCAUUCGUGUGUGUGUGUGUGUGUGAAAGAGAAAAGGGAGGGGAGGAACGGAGACGAAACGAAACCAUCACAAAACAAAAACUCAACAAUGCGCACCACCCAUCAACACAAUUUUUAAUGGAUUCCUGGGUUUCAGGGUUUCAGGAAAACAAUGAACCACCGGGAACGAAGCGAAACCAGUGCUCACACUUUGUUUGUUCGUUUGUUUGUUUUUUGGUCGUUCACAAACGUGCAGGACAUCGACAUGGCCAGAGCCAUGGAAACCUACGCGAGCGACCUGAUGCCGGACGGGUCGAAAUCGUACCUGAGUCCGAAGCCUCCUACCGAAUAAGGUAUCGCCUCGCCGCGGUCCGAUGGAGAAACGCACGGAAGAAACUGUUUCGGAGAUUGGGAGUUCACGCGAGGAUUCCUCAAUAAAAAUUGAAGUACAGCUAGUAGAACCAUAGUAGAAUCGAAAUGAAUUGCUUAUUUUUAG